GCGGGGAUAACGGAGGGGAGCAGCAUCGCCGUCCUGGCGGAAGGGGGGUUCCCCAAAACAAGCCCCAGAUACGGCCAAUUCACCAAUUGGGCCGUUGAACGAUUCCUGGAUAAUAUCACGAUGCCCCAACCUCGAGUGGGGGACGCGGGGUGCCCCUCCUCACCUGGCGUCUUGAAUGGGGCCGUUUAAAACGCGAGACCCAGCUCGUGUUCCAGUUUAUCCCGAAGUGAAUCUGUCAUAUUCUUGCUCCUCUCUCGUUGCUGCUUGUUGAAUUGCAAGGCUCGAUCACCGCUGAAUACCUCCCAAACCGCAAGCCGAUUCAUCAUGUCGUACCCUGAGAAGUUCACCGGGUUCCAGGUCAACGGGCCCGACACCUGGCUGGAAUUCAACAAGAACGAGUUCCAGCCCAAGCCGUUUGGCGACUACGACGUCGACGUCAAGAUUGAGUGCUGCGGCGUUUGCGGCAGCGACCUCCAUACCAUCAGCGGCGGCUGGGGCGAGCAGAAGUUCCCCCUGGCUGUCGGGCACGAGAUCGUUGGGACGGCGGUCCGGGUGGGACCCAAGGUGACGCUGGUCAAGGAGGGGCAGCGCGUGGGCGUGGGCGCGCAGAGCUACUCCUGCCUCGACUGCCGCCAGUGCAUGAACGACAACGAGACGUACUGCAAGAAGCAGCUGGACACGUACGGCGCCGUGUGGCCGGACACGGGCAUCGUCUCGCAGGGCGGUUACUCUUCGCACGUGCGGACACACCAGCACUGGGUGUUCCCCAUCCCCGACGGCCUCGCGAGCACCGUCGCGGCGCCCAUGCUCUGCGCCGGCCUGACGGCCUACUCGCCCCUAGUGCGGAACGGGUGCGGGCCCGGGAAGAAGGUGGGCAUCGUGGGCCUGGGCGGCAUCGGCCACCUCGGGGUGCUGUUCGCGAAGGCACUGGGCGCCGAGGUGUGGGCGAUCAGCCGGACGCAUGCCAAGGAGGCGGACGCGCGCAAGCUGGGGGCGGACGGGUUCCUGGCGACGGCGGACAAGGACUGGAACGCGGCGCACGUCAUGACGUUCGACCUGAUCGUCAACACGGCCAACAGCUUUGACGGGUUCGACCUCGACGCCUACCUGAGCCUGCUCGACGUGCACGCCAAGUGGGUCAGCGUCGGGCUGCCCGAGGGCGACGGCAUCAAGAUCCGCAACCAGACCUUCAUCGACAACGGCUGCUUCUUCGGCAGCUCGCAUCUCGGCAGCAGGAAGGAGACGCUCGAGAUGCUGCAGCUGGCGGCCGACAAGGGGAUCAACACGUGGGUGGAGGAGGUGCCCAUCAACGAGAAGAACCUGGCCGACAUCAUGCAGCGGCUGAACAAGAACGACGUCAAGUACCGAUUCUGCCUGACCAACUACCAGGACCAGUUCGGGGCCUGAUGGGCCUUGAGUGAGUGGUCGGCGGUGGCGGGUGUUAUACAUACUGUAUUAGAGAGCAAGACAAUACAAUCCUCAACCAAA